AGCCUAGUGAGCCCACAGCCCAAGUGCCCACGGCCGCACGGCCCACACGCCCCAAUCGCCCCCUCCCACUCCAAUCCCAGGCCAACCGGCCCAACCCUAAAUCCCUAAUCACCUAAUGCCCGCAGCCCAAUUCAAUUCGAGCCCUAGCUGCCUGCUGCCCUGUUCGAUUCUUAAUUUGAGCGUGACGAACGUCUCUGCCCAGAGAGCCAACACGAUAGGAGAGAGUGACUUAGUGAGAGACCCUUCAUUCUGGCCUUCUUCGACCCUUCGAAGCCCUCUGGCCUUCGUGAGUUGGUCUUCCACACUGCGAACCAGCAGGAGCCCUUCGCGAGUUCAUCGUGGACGUUUUCAAACCAGAAGGAGCUCCUCGCAAGCUCGUCUUUGAGCGUUUGUGAGUUCAUUUGCGUCGAAGUUCGAAUUUGUCCCUGACGCAAAGCACCUACACAAAGCUAAGCAACGCUUCACAGUGACUGCCAUGGCGGUGAAAGAAGACAUUAGUAAUCUGAAUACCAACGAUGGGAGGGUAGUUGCAGGGGAAGGAUUAGAGAUGAAGAGAAGGAAGGAAAAGAAGAUGAAGAAGAAGAAGGAAAAGAGAAAGAGAGAGAAGUACACAAGUGAUGAGGAAGGAGAUGAACGGGAAGAAGGAGAUGAAGAGAGAGAAGUUGAAGAGAAGAAAGGUGAUGAGAUUGAACACAAUAUUAAUACGGUGGGAAGUGCAUCCGGGAUUAUGAGUACGGAAUUGUUCUCCUCAUUGCCCAUAUCAGAGCUCACAAUGAACGCCAUCAAAGACCUAGGCUUCCACAACAUGACUCAGAUUCAAGCUAGGGCUAUCCCACCACUUUUGGAAGGCAAAGAUGUUCUUGGAGCUGCAAGGACUGGUUCUGGAAAGACCCUUGCCUUUCUGGUUCCAGCUGUGGAAUUGUUAUAUCAUACCAGUUUUACUCCUCGCAAUGGGACAGGUGUUGUUGUGAUUUGCCCAACGAGGGAACUUGCCAUACAGAUUCAUGCAGUGGCGAAGGAACUACUCAAGUAUCACUCACAAACCCUUGGCUUGGUUAUUGGUGGUUCAGCACGAAGGGGAGAAGCAGAACGCCUUGUGAAAGGAGUGAAUUUGUUAGUAGCAACUCCUGGCAGACUUCUUGACCAUCUUAGAAACACCAAGGGUUUCCUAUAUAAAAAUUUGAAGUGUCUUAUUAUUGAUGAAGCUGACAGGAUACUGGAGGCAAAUUUUGAGGAAGAAAUGAGGCAAAUCGUUGGGUUGUUGCCAAAGGGGAGGCAGACUACUCUUUUUUCUGCUACGCAGACUAAAGAGGUUACGGAUCUUGCUCGGUUAUCAUUUCAGACAGCUCCUGUCUAUAUAGAUGUGGACGAUGGCAGGAAGAAGGUUACUAAUGAAGGUCUGCGACAAGGCUAUUGUGUUGUGCCAAGUGCAAAAAGAUUUCUUCUUCUGUAUUCCUUCUUGAAGAAAAACUUUUUGAAGAAAGUGAUGGUUUUCUUCUCUUCAUGCAACUCGGUUAAAUUCCAUGCUGAACUUCUCAGAUACAUUCAGGUGGAUUGCUUUGAUAUCCAUGGAAAGCAAAAGCAGGAGAAACGCACUUCCACAUUUUUUGAAUUCUGUAGAGCUGAGAAAGGCAUCUUGCUAUGCACUGAUGUUGCUGGUCGUGGACUGGAUAUUCCCGAUGUGGACUGGAUAGUUCAGUAUGAUCCUCCAGAUGAAUGUAAGGCCUACAUUCACAGGGUUGGUCGAACAGCUCGUGGGGAAGGUGCAAAAGGAAAUGCCCUGCUUUUUUUGAUUCCAGAAGAGUUGCUAUUUCUUCGCCAUCUAAAGGCUGCCAAUGUACCUGUUAAAGAGUAUGAAUUUGAUGAAAAGAAGUUGAUAAAUGUCCAUUCUCACCUGGAGAAAUUGGUGGCCAACAACUACUAUUUGCAGAUGUCAGCUAAAGAGGCCUACCGGGCAUACAUAUUAGCAUAUAAUUCACAUUCCAUGAAGGACGUAUAUAAUGUUCACCGUCUUGAUCUAAAGGCUGUGGCUGCUUCAUUCUGCUUUUCUUCACCUCCGAAGGUUAAUCUGAACAUAGACAGCAGUGCAUCCAAGUUUAGAAAGAAAAUGCGAAAAGUUGAAGGAACCCGCAAUGGAUUCAGUGCAAAUAAUCCUUAUGGGAGGCAAAGAAGUGAAGAUCAUAAACGCCAAUUUGCAAGGCAUUAGCAAAUAUUAAUUAACAUUAGCAGAAAUUAAUUUGUUAUUGCACAAAUUUUGGGUCGAGGUUUUCUGGUCUUUGUGAUUCCCUUCUAUUUUGUGAUAGCAAGUACUGCACAAGAUUUUUGUAUAUUUACUUUUAUGAUGGAUGUAUGUUUAUUUUAGAUUUUUUAUUAUCUCUGGGCUAUGUAUAAUUCGUUAACAUUUGUGAAUUAAUUGAAUAUCUAGAUUGUUGUUUU